GCGAAGACGUGCACGUUCUGCCUCGACGACUACGACGACGGCGACGCGCUGAGGACGUUACCCGAGUGCGGGCACCAGUUCCACGUCGACUGCGUCGAUCCGUGGCUCACGACGAAACGCGCGUGCUGCCCGGUGUGUAAGCACGACGUG